GCGAACGAGGCACACGGAGAUUCUCCUAAAGAAAAAUGUUGUGGUCGAAGUGCUGUGGUUUACAGCCACACCCGCUGAUGUCGAAACGGGGAGUUUUUAUGAAACCAAGCCCGUGAAAGGACUUCUCUCGUAAACACGCUGCUAGUAACAAUGUCCUGUGGCACUUCCUGCAUUCCUGAGUAUUGAAGUAAGGACAUUUACACAGUGGCUUGUCUCCUCAGUCACCUGUGUGUGUUGUGUGUGUGGGAGCAGCCAACAGCGACUGUAGAUGAACCUGCUGUUAUUCUGAUGGAGUCUAACCUCACAUUAAAUGAUGGCUUUUCCGUUUGUAAUAUCACCUGUGGAGACGGUGUCUGGGCUGCAGAGAGGUGCACUGUGGGUAAUCAGCUUCACUGUUCAGUGGUCAAUGUGACGGACCGCACCAACGACACAUCCAGCCUCACUAUGGGUCAGGACAGGGGCAAGUUUGACUUCUACAUCGGCCUGGGGUUGGCCGUCAGUUCCAGCAUAUUCAUCGGAGGCAGCUUCAUCCUCAAGAAGAAGGGGCUGCUGCGGCUGGCGAGGAAGGGGUCCAUGCGGGCGGGCCAGGGGGGUCAUGCAUAUCUAAAAGAGUGGCUAUGGUGGGCUGGUUUAUUAUCAAUGGGGGCCGGUGAAGCUGCCAACUUUGCAGCCUACGCCUUCGCUCCUGCGACUCUGGUGACGCCACUGGGAGCCCUCAGUGUGCUUGUGAGUGCGGUGCUGUCAUCCUACUUCCUCACGGAACGGCUCAACCUGCAUGGGAAGCUCGGCUGCCUGCUCAGCAUCCUGGGCUCCACCACCAUGGUGAUUCAUGCGCCGCAGGAGGAAGAGAUCAACAGCCUUGAGGACAUGGCCAAGAAGCUGGUUGACCCAGCCUUUUUUAUCUUUGCAACUCUUGUCAUCAUCGUUGCGGUCAUCUUCAUAUUUGUUGUGAGUCCACGCCACGGGCAGACCAAUAUCCUGGUGUAUAUCACCAUCUGCUCGGUUAUCGGGGCACUAUCAGUAUCCUGUGUCAAAGGACUGGGCAUCGCCAUAAAGGAAGCGAUCGCUGGGAAACCUGUUGCCGGAAACCCGCUAGCCUGGUUCCUGCUCCUGAGUCUGGUGGCCUGUGUGAGCACGCAGAUCAACUACCUCAACAAGGCUCUGGACAUAUUCAACACGUCCCUGGUGACGCCCAUCUAUUACGUGUUCUUCACCAUGUCCGUGCUAACCUGCUCCGCCAUUCUUUUCAAGGAGUGGGAGCACAUGGGCACAGGCGACGUGAUCGGCACCCUCAGUGGCUUCCUCACGAUCGUCGUGGGGAUCUUCCUGCUCCAUGCCUUCAAAGACAUCAACGUCAGCCUGGCUACUCUCGCUGUGACAAUGAGGAAGGAAGAGAAGGCCUUUCCUGCAGCCAAUGGCUUGGCCUCCCACAGCACCUAUGAACUGCUACAUAAUGAGUCCACUGAGGGCGCGGAGGACAGAGAAAUGGGUUUGCCUUUUGAAAGUGUCUCUAGAAGAAACGGGGCAAUGACUUCCUCGUUGGAUCACUGAGAAACUUCUGUUUCUCCUGUCACCCGACAGACCAGUAAUGGCGUUGUUGCCGUGUAUGUGAACAAUAAGACAAUCAACUGUUUGUGAAGAGUGACUUGGACGGACCAGUGGAUUGUAUUUAUUGUUUAAUUUGCCUUACUUUUCUCCGAAUAUGACAAUGCUCAUAUUCAGUUGCAGUUAGAACUUAAUUUCAUUCCUCUGUAGCAUUGUAAAUAUGAGUUUUUUUUAAAAGAAAUGUUUGUUAUAUUUACAUGCAUAUCCAUGCAAUGACUUACUUUCUAUAAAUCAAAGAAAAGUUUUAAUAUAUCUUCUACAGGAACCCCUUCGGACAAGGACUAUAUUAAAAAGGACACCAACUAUGA